AUGGAGAAGAUUGAGGAACAAUUUGCUAAUCUGCACAUCGUUAAACGUUCUUCUGAAAAUAAAGAACCCACAUAUCUGCUUGGUAUAGACUCAUCGAAGACGGCACUGGCAGAAAAAGGAAGCUUGGUUGCUGUUUUAUGUUCAAAUGCAUCAAUCAGGAUAUAUGACAAAGAAAGGUUAAGCAUAGUACGAGAAUUUAGUGGACAUCCUGGACUUCUUAAUGGAGUCAGAUUUGCAAAUUCCUGUGACAGGGUAUAUUCGGCAUGCACUGAUGGCACCAUAAAAUGUUGGGAUGCUCGAUUAGCCAGUGAACAACCCAUCCAGCUAUUCAAGGGUUACCCUUCCAAUGUUUUUAUCAGUUUUGAUAUCAGCUGUAACAAUCAUGUCAUCUGUGCUGGUACGGAAAAAGUUGAUGAUGAUGUCUUGUUGGUAUUUUGGGACGCAAGAAUUAAUUCUCAGGAUUUGUCUACAAUUAGAGACCCGCUAGGCACAUACUCAGAGACACAUAGUGAUGACAUCACUCAAGUAUGCUUCCAUCCCAGCAAUCCUAACAUGGUUGUCUCUGGUUCAACCGAUGGUCUUGUAAAUGUGUUUGAUAUUAGUGUUGAUAAUGAAGAUGAUGCACUGGUUACAACCUGCAAUUCCACUUCAUCAGUAAGUUGUAUUGGUUGGUCUGGGAAAGAUUAUAAACAGAUUUACUGCAUGACACAUGAUGAAGGAUUUUGCUGGUGGGAUCUCAAUCAUCUGGAUACUAAUGAACCAAUUACACGUUUGGACAUCCAGGAUGUCAGAGAAGUAAUUAAUGUGAAAGCAGGUCUUUUGGACUAUUUGAUUGGUGGUCUGUAUCAUGAAAAGAUGGACAAAUUGUUUGUUGUUGGAGGAACAAACACAGGAAAGAUUUGCUUACUGAGCUGUACCACAGCAGGACUAAGUUAUGUGAUGAGCCUUCAGGGAGGACAUGAUGCAACAGUCCGUUCUUUCUGUUGGGAUAUGCAGGACGAGUCUUUGCUGACUGGGGGAGAAGAUGCGCAGUUGCUCCUUUGGAAACCUGGAGCUACGGAGAAGACCUUUCUGAAGAAAGAAACCAUGAAAUUAGCAUCCUCUGUGCACCAGCGUGUGCGAGUUCACAGUAAUGAUUCUUAUAAGAGAAGAAAAAAACAGUGA